AUGGAAAUAGUGUACUCGGUGUCUAAGGGCAAAAAUGAUGCGAGAGAUUGGUUUUCGGAUGAGAAAACGGCCCUUUCCAUUUCUUGCAGAAAUGUUGUGGCUUUCUCCACAUCACAAGAGCUUGUGAAAAACAAUGAAAGUGAUAUAAAGGAGAAAAUUGACAGCAAUAUCAAAGAAAGCCAGAAGUUGUCAUACUAUCUCUAUGUUUGUGAUUUGGAUAAACCAUGGGACAUACAUAUGGUGACAAGUCAAGAUGAAAGAAUCCAAAGUGUUGAAUGGGAUAUCACAGGAGGAAGACUCCUCAUGGUUGGAGGCUUUGGGGUUUGUCAGAUUUGGGCAAUGAAGGACCAUCUGAUCAACUGUUGGACGUUAGAGACAACAGCAGAUAUGAAAGGAGAGGACAUCCUAACUGCUACUUGGCUGCACCCAGGAAUAAAUUACAGUUUCUAUGCUGACAAGAAAGAUGCUGUCUAUUACAACGACAAGUAUGUCCGGAGCAAACUCGCUCCCUCCAUCAGCCAGUUUGGUGGUGUUGCACAUGAUGGAUGGAUUGUUGUGACUGCUACAGGAUUGGUGUCUGUGUCGGUGUUGAAAAGUGACAAGACUGUCACAACCUGUACGAAAAGUCUCGGGCCGGUCAGAACACGAAUCAUGCUAGCUGAUGUAUCAUUUAUGGAAAGUGGACAAAUUCAUGUUGCGACAAGUGAUGGUAGUAUCUCCUCAUCCAUCCUGUGCUAUUACAUCAGUUUGAAAAUGGAGCACAAUUCAGUCAUGAUGACUUGUCAGCCCUCUUACAGCUUCUUCCCUCGGUGCCAUCUAGAUCCAACAUUCAAGGAUUCGCCAAAUGUUAAACUGAUGCACUUGAAAUUCUAUUCCCCUGAGGCAUCAGACACAAUGUUCAUCUGCUGUGUCAGCAACCGCGAUACAGUGUUAGAACUCUGGAAGUUGCAGGAACAGCAGUUUCAGGUGCACCGCUCAUUUGUGAAUAACGCCAAUAACCUGAACAUGGAUAAUAAGCAGUCGCUGAUGAAGUGGGUACCAAAAGCCAAGCAAGGUUACAGCAGCGUUGCAACGGCAGUGGGCAUGCCACGGUUCCCAGUCAUGCAGUCCAUUCCUGAUCCAACUCUCAGUAUAUUACAGUACGUGGUCAUUGCAUUUAAAGACAGGAGCGUUCACUUGUUGAACAAGCAGAACUUUCAUUUCAUGGCCCACUUGACGUUAGAUAGUGGCAUAGCUAAUCAAGAAAUCGACAACAAAAAACGCAAGAUUGACACCUGCCCUGUUGCCAUUCAGCAGUCUUACAGUGGAUGCUGCAUGGUGGCUGUUGAUGCACAAGGAGUAUUGUAUGUUUUGCGACCAUUGAACCUGCGGGACCAAUCGCAGCUGCUUCCACCAGUUUACAUUGUAUCACUGUUGGAGUAUGCCAUGGUGACAGGAUUUGAUUGGUGGGACAUCAUGUUGCUUGUUAAAUCAGGAACAGUUGAGAAUGUCCUCGUGCGUUUUCACGAUAACUUCUACAGACAGCUGCACUCUGUCCAGGAGUAUCUGUACACGAGGUUCAUGGGUGUGCGAGCAUCACUCUUCCGAUGCAACUUAGGCAGCCAGACCAAAGUUGCUGACUGUUUGUCAAAGUUGCUCCUCAACUCAGUUGCAACAGCUUUCAAGUCUAUAUUUAGACCAAAGUCUUUGGCCACUCAGGACAAGAGCCCUGCAGAAAAGUUGUCCAUCACAUGCAGUAAAUACACAGAAACAGAACUAGAUAAGAUAUUACUGAACCUGGAGACUAAGGAAUUCAUUGUGGAGCCAGGUACUUUACAGUCCUUACAGCAACUCAUCCAGUGGGUUGCAGACUUCACCCUCUUCCUUCUCUCAUCUGUUCCGAUGUAUGCUACCUCAUCCUCAUUCCCAGGAGCAAACAUCAUCCACGAUACAUCAGCGCUGAUGACGUUACGGGAGCUGCUCGUCAUUAUCCGUGUUUGGGGGCUAAUCAACCAGAGUUGCUCACCUGUCUUCAUGACCACAACUAAUAUUGACAUUAUGGCAUUAUUGUUCAAACUCCUGACGAAGGUCUGGUUGUCUACCAAAGAUGGCAAUGUUGAAUUUGAUGAAAACCUGAUUGAUGAAUGCUGUGUGUUACAGAGUCAUCUUUUCAUUCCAAACAUGGAGCAGAUUAUGCUGCAAGAUGGUCGCCAUUUUCUGUUGUUGCAGAGUCAGCAUGUUGUCAGGUUUGAGUAUGGUGUCACCCCCGAUCAUUUGUCCAAGCCGGUUGCAUAUACAAUGCAGUUUGAUGGACAGAGUCACUCUCUUCAGAAGCGUGAUUGUGUUCACCAGUUGAACCUGGGUAAUGUUCCAGCAGAGAAGGUCAAAGAGUGCACAAGAUGUGGAAAUGUUUCUUUGUUGAAAACUACCAUCAAAUCUGUAGCCAUGAAAGCUUGGGACCAACGUUGGUCCAGAAUGUGUAUGUGUGGUGGGCAGUGGAAACUUGCCAAGUACAAAAAUAAGGCCUAGGCAUUUGAGAGCAGGCGAGGUCAACCAUAACUACAUUUAUCUAAGUUUGUAAUACAACAGAUUGUAUAACACAGAUGGUAAGCCAGAAUACUCCACUUGACUGCUUGUUGAGAGCUAAAUCAGUAAAAUAAUGAUCCUGAAUGAACUUUUGUAGAAUGUGCUAUAUUUCGAUAAGAUUCUUGUAUAAAUUUCAUACAAUAAAAAACACCUCAGUAAUUGA